GAGCUCAUGGCCAUCCUGUGCAUGGCAAUAAAUUUUAUUGCCAGCGUGGCUGAAGUUUAGGCGCGAAACCUGGCUUUCCUUUGUCUCACUCUCCCGGGGAUAAUAACCCCACCUUCACCUUGUCAUAAGUUGCAUUAUCCAAUGGGAAUACCCCAGGUAACUCAUCCAUAUGUAUUGAGGUAUCAUAUAACUGUUCAAUAUGUAUUGAGCUGUCAAGACUAUAAAUAAACGAGCCCCAGCAAGCUCCCCCCACUUGAAGAUCUUCUCCCCUGCCUGUCUCUCUCUCUCUCUCUUCUCUAUCUUUCUCACUAAGGCCUGGCCUUUAGGCCAGGCCUGCCUUACUUCCUCUCUUUCUCCUAAUGCUACCUAGCAUCAUCUACCUCCUGUAGUUUCUGAUCUCCUUUCCAUCUGAGCUAGCAUUAUCCUCUGACCAGUAUGGUGUUAAGUUGAGAUCAUUGGGUGGUUUUAGCCUGAAUAGUCACACUCAGUGGUCGGAGCUUAGCUGUGGCUCAUACAAAUAAUAUUUGUCUACUGACUCGGUUAUUCACAUCUCUAAAGUCGGCUCGUUCACGCCCUUCGCGGGAUCAAUACUUCUACUCUAUCUCUAUCCUCUCUUUCACCCCUUGCAGCCUCUCGCAGGCCGGGAGGCUACAUACUGGCCCCAACGUGGCUAGAACUCAUACCUGCCACUUUCUUGUGGCAUUCUACCUUUAUUUCUCACAGCAGUAGGGAGGGCGCGCCCCGAGACGCGAAGGAUUUCUCAGGCUAGGCGGAACGAAGCCAGAGAACAAGCCCUUCGAGUCUGGCCAACGGAAGAUGAUGGAGAGAUCUGGACUCCCAGUAAGCAUCUCAAACCAUGGAAGGGACCGCUUCCAGAUGCAAGGGGAGCAGAGGAACAGGCUCACCAGUCUAGCACCGCACCGGCUGCCCGAGACCAGGACGAGAAGCAGACGAGCAUCGCUGCUGUCUCCAGUCAGCUACCUGAUGGUCAAGAGCAGGGCACCGGGAUCGAAGGCAACACUGGUGAAUGCACACACUCUGAACACUGACAUUACAUUUACUCUGAUGACAUUCACUAUUUUGACUUUGCUGAACAUCUGUCAUGCUGAAGUCUACUGGUCCAUCGUGCCCAAACCUCCUAUUUUGAGAAUGUUAACUUGGAGGGACAAGCCCCCUCUGGUAUAUGUUAACAACACGGACUGGCUACCACACCCUAUUCUAGCCAAACGUGUUCCUCUAGAAUCUGAAGGAGCUCUGUACAAUUAUUCAGGAUCUACUGUGUAUCCUCCAUUUUGUAUGUCUUUUAGAAAUUCGUUUAUUGGUAAUUCUUUCUGUGUACCACGCAGACAUCAAGCGUGGAUUGUCAAAAACGCCACUGACAACGGUUAUGUAGGGGUUGGCAUGGGUGUGAUAGGAAUGGGAGAUGAGUUAGCACGUAAGACGUUCCAACCUAAACACCCGGCUAACAAGUACCUAUGUCCAAAUCAGAUAGGUACGGUACAAAAGGAGUUGCCAUGGACAGAUUGUUCUGUCCGAGUUCCCAGAAAGGUUAAGAUGCCGGCAACCACAGACUUUAACAUCUACAAUUGGGCACCCAGGUUACGUUGUGGUCGCUCUGAACAACUGACGCGAUUAGGCAAAUACACUGACUAUGAGAAAUGGCACAUGCCAUGUCAGAAUUUUCAGAAAAUUGAGGACUUACUAGAAGUGGACAUGGCUGGUUCUAGACUUGCUAUUGAAGCAGGUCCUAUACAGAACACGCAGUGGAAGAUAGUGGCUGCCACGCAGCCAAUAUACAAGUUUAAGGUCAAGGUGAAGAACUCAGGACUUGAUCUUGAAUAUGACAGUCACGUUAAUGUCACUGCAUGUGUUUUUGCUCCUUAUGUAAUGCUAGUAGGUAACAGCCUUCGAAUUUUUAAAAAUGACCAAGGUCUAUAUGAGAUCAACUGCACAAAAUGCCGCCUACAUCAAUGCCUUAGUCCUAAACACCAAGAUUCAUAUGUUGCUAUCAUGUAUCAUCCACCUUUAAUGUGGGUACCUGUCGACUUGACAGAGACGUGGGCAUCUGCGCCUACUGUGCACAUCAUUCAAAAGGCAUUUAACAUGGUUAUACAUAGGUCCAAGAGAAUGGUCUUGGAGAUUAUAGGAGCCGUAGUCUCAGUAAUUGCCAUGAUCACAUCACUAACCACGGCAACAUUGGCAUUAACUUCCUCUAUCCAGAACCAUGAGUUCAUACAGGAAGUGGUGUCUAACUCUUCCAAAUUAUGGCACACUCAGCAGAGUAUUGACUUAGCUUACAGAGAUGAGCUGGACAGUUUAAAAGAUGCUGUGUUUUGGUUAGGUAAAGAGGUUGAAGCUUUACACACAAGGAUUACUUAUCCAUGUCAUUACAAUCAAACGGGUUAUUGUAUUACUCCGUUGCCAUAUGAUAAUGUGUCAUAUGAAUGGCAACUGGUCGUUCAGCACAUCAAGGGUGCUUGGGGAAGCCAUAACAGCACCUUGGACAUUAUUAAAUUGCAACAGCAGAUCAACAAAUUAGACCAAAUUGUAUAUGAGAAUGAAGCUGCAAACAUAGCUGCAAAUUGGGAAGCAACUUUAUCUUCCCUAGAUCCCCAAAAUUGGUUUGGUAGAGCUAACUUAACCAGCAUUGGUACUAUCAUUUUAUUCAUAUUAUUGGCUAUGGGUUUGAUUAUACUUUGCAGCAGAAGCUGUAAAAACAGAGCCUACAUUCAAGGCAUACUGCCAGAAUUGGCACGGUCUUAUCACACUAGGCAAUUGGUGCCUGAAAAUGUUGAAUUGAACACGACCGUUCCAUGAAAGACCAGAGUAUCAUGAUAUUUUACAUUCCAAUCUUUGCUAUAUACUGAGAAGAUGAAGGCAUGUUUGCUAUGUCACAUGUCUGUCCCUCCUGAAUUGUUCAGAGAGGAUGUUUUUUUUUUUUCUUUAAAGGGAUCUCUCCCACCACACAAUCAAAAAGAAAAGGGAGAGGAAUCUUAUACAGAUCAGUAUUUCUAAGAAAUCUUACAGAGAUCAGUAUUUUGCUAUAAGAUCAGUAUUUAUAUUUUAGAGGACACUUUUUAAAGUCACUUUUGAUUGAUCAACCUUGAAUUUUUCUUGUACACUAUUAAGGCCAGAACUUUGAGUAUAAGGAAGGUACUGUUAAUGCUCUGAUCCAAAUUAUGAAGGUGCCAAGAUUUCUAGAAUUACAGUCACCUUACGGUCAGUAAACAUGAGAACAUGACAGAAAUUGUUAAUUUUCAGUUGACCAUUCUGGAGAGUGAUGUCUGAUUGCAUGCAACGGGAAUCAUAAUGAAUCUUUCAUUAUGGACCAGACA